AUGGAGAUCUCGCAAAGAAUGUACUCACCAAGUGAUUAUUGUGCCGCAUCUUCCAUCAUACCGUGUCAAAUGCGUCAAAAACUUUACGAUCUUUCUUUGAACUUGCGCGUAUAUGUUUUUGACAAGGAUAUCAUGAAAAUUUUGGAGGAAGAAGUCGAAAGAAUGUUUCUGAGCGUCGAUGAACUUGAGAAGGUCAUGCACAAGCUUGACACCCAAAUCGCGGAACUCGACGACGACGAUCUUUUGAUGACAGCAGUGUCUUUAACAGAGGCUGAUCACUUGGACGAGACUUUUGAAUCUGACGAAGAAAUUGACUAUUGCAUGUCUGAACACGUAUAUCCCGACGGCGAUGACGGUUCAAAAGAUAGGUUCAACACGUCAAAUAUCAAUAUCUGCGCAAAUUCGAUGGAUCCCAAUUGUGUCACGUUAAACAUCUGGAACAAGAACGAUUUCCGAUUUAACUUGAUGGAAAACGAAUUGCACGACAUUCACCGAGAAGUGAUCUUCCUGAUCAGGGAAAUGGAGGAAAACAUGGAAAGACUAGAGAGGAUCAUGAAGAAAUUUAUGAUAUCGGGUCCUCAAUCACAAAAUCAAAA